GUGAGGGCAGAGCCGAACCGGGGAGGGACGGGGAAGGGGCCGUGAGGGCAGAACCGAACCGGGGCGGGAAUUCAUGGAGGGGAAAGGGCCGUGAGGGCACAGCCGAGCCCGGGGAGGGAAUUCAUGGAAGGGAAAGGGCCGUGAGGGUAGAGCCGAGCCCGGGGCGGGACCGCAGGGACGGGAAGGGACCAUGAGGGCAGAGCCGAACCCGGGGAGGGAAUUCAUGGAGGGGAAAGGGCCGUGAGGGUAGAGCCGAGCCCGGGGCGGGACCGCAGGGACGGGAAGGAGCCGUGAGGACAGAGCCGAGCCCGGGGAGGGACGGGGCCGUGAAGGCAGAACCGAGCAUGGGGAGGGAGCUCAUGGAGGGGAAGGGGCCGUGAGGGCAGAGCCGAGCCCGGAGUAGCGGCCAGGACGGAGCGCAGCGGGUCGAGGAGGAGCCGGGGGUAGCUCUCCUCCGCGGCCGUGCCGGAGGUGGAACAGCGGGGACGGACACACGGCCGCCUGCUCCUGUGAGGCACCGGGUGGUGCGAGCUCCGGUGUCCCCGCAUGAGGGCGUUGGGGGAAAAUCCUAAUAAACGAGGAUAAAUACGGCUUGUGAUUGUGACACACAACUACUCUAUUUCAUCCGGCGGUGUGAGGGAGACGAACCAAACACAUUCACAGAACAUCCCGAGUUGGAAGGGAUUACACGGAUAAGGUCCUGGGUGGACCUUGCUGGCCGUGGCCCCGGGGCUCGGUGGCUUACCCGGGGAGGGCUGAAAAGCUGCUCAGGGUAAUGUCAGUGGGGGCGAAAACCUGACCCGGAUUUGAAGUUUUAAAAUUAAACCAGCCCUAAAUUUAAGCUGAGAGAUGCGCUGGGUGGAUGAAAGACUGCAGAGCCCGGCAGCUCCUGGAGGUCUGCGGUGCUGGGGGGCUGAGGGAGGGCGAGACUCCCCUUAGUGCGAGUGAGGGAUGGAGCAGCGCAACUCGGCUGCAGCGGCUUUAAUUCAGCCCACCUCUGCAUAGGGGUGUGUGAACUUGGUGGAACUCGGGCUUUUUGGGCGAAAACCUCCCCUCAGCGAGCAUGCCUGAGCAGAGCAAUGAUUACAGGGUGGUGGUGUUCGGAGCAGCGGGGGUCGGCAAAAGCUCCCUGGUCCUGCGCUUUGUAAGGGGCACUUUCAGGGAAACCUAUAUCCCCACCAUCGAGGACACGUACCGGCAGGUGAUCAGCUGCGACAAGAGCAUCUGCACCCUGCAGAUCACGGACACCACGGGCAGCCAUCAGUUCCCUGCCAUGCAGCGCCUCUCCAUCUCCAAAGGGCAUGCCUUCAUCUUGGUGUACUCCGUCACCAGCAGGCAAUCCAUGGAAGAUCUUCACCCCAUCUUCGAUGAGAUCUGCCAGAUCAAAGGCGACAUCCAGAAAAUCCCCAUCAUGUUGGUGGGGAACAAAAGCGACGACACGCAGAGGGAGCUGGAUGCCAGCGAGGGGCAAGCGCUGGCCAGCAAGUGGAAGUGUGCCUUCAUGGAGACGUCAGCCAAAAUGAACUACAACGUGCAGGAGCUCUUCCAGGAGCUCUUGAACCUGGAGCAGAGGAGAACUAUCAGUCUCCAGGUGGAUGGAAAGAAAUCCAAACAGCAGAAAAAGAAAGAUAAACUGCAAGGCAAAUGCUCUGUUAUGUGAUUGCCUUUGGCUGGACUUGCUGCACGGCGCAGCUGGAGCGUGGACUCCCACAGAAAAUACAUUUCUGCUGGAGGUUUUGGAGGAAUCCACGCCUUGCAGGGUUGUUGCUUUCCUCUAAAAUCCCCACUGGGUAAUUGUGUGUGUUGUUUUUAAGGAGGAUGGCUUCUGC